AUGGGCCAAGGCAGGGAACCCAAUGGGCUGGGGUGGCUGAGUCUGGACGAGGAAGAGGAGCUGGGCCCGCAUCAGAGGGCCCGGAAUUGGGCCGAACCCGGAAUAGGGCCGAUAGGGAGGGGCGCGGCCAGGGGGUUGGACCGUCCGCCCGGGUAUGGGCUGGGUCGAGGAGGGCUGACCGGGUUGGGUCGACCAGAGUGGCUUGGACCGGGUGGGGUCGAACCGGUCGGACCAGUUCCUGGGCGGAUCAAGCGACCGGGAGUCUGGCAUCAGGAGGGAUCUCGGCAGGGGUUCGGGACCAUCUUAUCCGCCAGUUCAGGGUCCUCGUUCACCGGCAGAGCAGUGGGAUGCUAG